AUGGCGACCGUGUCGCGCGACGAAAACCGGCCUCGGAGAUUCGACGCUAGCAUGUCAAGGAGGACAAUAAGAAGACCGGCUGCUGCAAGGUUGGUUGUUGCUGAUUGCGACCGAGAUGCUCAUCAGCUGACGCCACCGUCUGAGCACAAGACAUCCCUGCAGCUAGACGUAGGUAACGACGAGACGGCGUGUUACCUCCAGGAGCCGCUGGAGGAAGGUCCGGAUAACUCGCGUGGUUUCUCACUACAGGAGCUGAUAGAUGAGAACACAAACGGCGACGACAUGGACCCCGGCGCUGCUACCGAAAGCCAAGGAGAGAUCAGCGUCGCCACUGCCGCUCUCCAUGGUCAUGGAGUGGAAGAACCAGCUGCUGGUGCAAGGAAACAGCUCCCUGGACAUGUGGUGGGAAGGAGGGUGGUCCGACUGGUGCGCCGGUACGUUACAGUCAAGGCCAAGCACGCGCCGGAGAAGAAGGCCGCGCCGGUAGUUUAG